AUGGCCAAACAAGUGGUAACAACAGUAUGUUUUGUUCUUUUUCAUUGCAUUAUAAGUUACUGGGCGUUUAUGUCCUCUUGUAGCAUCCACUCAUCAACCAAAAUCAUAAUUCCAGACAUCGCCAGGUAUUUUGGCACCAAAGGUCGCUAUGAAGAGGUCAACGCAUACUUAAUCGACGAUAUUUUGGCCAUAAACAACUCCCUUGUGACGCUGCCUUCCUCGAAAUGCAGCGAAAUUCAUUUGACAGUUAUAAUCCGGCACGGGACGAGGUACCCGACCAUUAAAAACAUUCAGAAGAUGCGCGAAUUUCAUGAUCUCGUCGUGCGUGAAGCGACCGGCAACUUGAACUGUUUGUCAGAGAUAAAGUCGCAGUGGAAGAUGUGGUACACGGAUGAUAUGGACGGGCGACUGGUGGACCAGGGCCGUGAGGAUCACAGGCACCUGGCGCAGAGACUCAUCAAAUGGUUCCCUUCUUUGCUGACCGAGGAAAAUGUGCGUCAAGGACGCGUGAAACUGAUCACCAGCUCCAAGCACAGGUGUGUAAACAGUACCAUCGCUUUCAGAGAGGGACUAAUGAAAGGACUCCGCUCAGAAGCCAAGUUGGAACUUGCUGUGAACGACGCUUUGAUGCGUUACUUUGACCAGUGUGAACGGUUUGUGAAAGAAGUGGAGAACAACAAGAGUGCCUUGGAGGAAGUAAAACGUUUUCAUGAAGGCCCGGAGAUGAAAAGAGUAAUGGAGAAAAUGGCUGACAGGCUGGAGGUCCCUUACGCCAGCAUCACCGAUGAUUCAGUGGAAGCAGGUUUCUUCUUGUGUGCAUAUGAGUUUGCUAUCCAGAAGCUGAACUCACCCUGGUGCCAGUUGUUUGACGAGGUAGAUGCACAGGUAAUGGAAUAUGCUGGUGACCUUAAACAGUACUGGAAGCGAAGCUAUGGGCAUGAAAUCAACAGCAAGUCGAGCUGCAUCCUCUUCCAUGAUCUUUUUCAUCGUCUUGACCAAGUUGUAGCCGAGAUCACUAAGAACUCAGAUGCUAUUGUAUCGGAGGCUGUGACCGUGCAGGUGGGCCAUGCUGAGACGCUGUUACCCCUUCUCACCCUGCUGGAUCUGUUUAAGGAUGACAUCCCUCUCAGCUCAACUAACUUUGCAACCCAGCACAACAGAAUAUUUCGAAGUGGGAAUAUUGUGCCGUACGCUGCCAACCUGCUGGUAGUGCUGUAUAAAUGCCCAGAGGGGAUUAGGAUGGGUGUGCGACUCAAUGAGAAAUCUUUGACCUUGCCUGGACUCACUGACCCCGUCCCAAUGUAUGAGGAUGUGAAGACACGCUACAGUACUCUGCUCAAGGGUUGUGACCAAGAGACUGUGUGUAAAAUUAACAGUUAAAAAGCAUAAAAGUGCAACACAUCACAAAGGCCAGCAGACUGCUGACAUUAUCAUAGAAGCAACAACCAGCAAACAUUUUUUUUUAAUGUUAUA